AUGCCGAGGCCCGGGGCGGGCGGGCCGUGGCGGGCCGUGCCCAGCAGGGGGCGCGUCGGGCGGGCGGGGCGGGUAUGGGCAGCGGCGGCAGCAAAAGCGGGCGCGGCCGUCGGGGUGCGGGGCAGCGCGGGAACCCGCCCGCGCGAGGGGGACGAGGAGCUGCUGGACAAGGUGCUGGCCGAGGCGGAGGCGGCGGCGUUGUUAGGCUGGGGGGGGCCCGACCCCCCGAAGCCCGACCCCCGACCUCGGGGGACCCCACGGCCACGGAGGAGGCCGAGCCAAGCCGCCCAGGAGCCGGGGGUGUCAUCAGCAGGAAGCACCCAGGACAUAGAGAACAAUAACAUUUCUGAGAACCCUUCUUUGGAUAGCAAAAGGCCAGAGAGCCAGGCCCCAGUCUUGUACGAUUACUCUGAGGAGGAACUGAUGGCGAGCAUUGAGAAGGAGUACUCCCGCUGAGGGCAAGGUAGAGGGCUGAUGAAGGAGGAGGAAGAGGAGGAGGAGGAGGAGGAGCAGGACUUGGAAGACAUUGAGGAAAAAUCCAAAGGGAACAGCAAAAUCCUCCAAUCCAGAGGCACACCUCCACCCCCAGCACCCUUCUGGCACCAAGCACCAUCCUCCAAGUGCCAGGAGCUUUAGAACACGUCAACCCACCGGGGUGCAAAAAAACUGCAUAAAGAAGCAGCCUGGCAUAAUGGAAAGAGCACAAGCCUGGGAGGCAGAGGGCUCGGGUUCUAAUUUUGAUUCUGCCACUAGCUUUCUGUGUGACCUUGGACAAGUCACUUGGCUUCUCUGGUCCUCUGAUUCCU